AUAAUUUGGUUUAGAAUGAAUCUUCUAAUCUUUCUUUUCUUAUUCGAUUUUAGCGUUUCAAUUGAAGGGACAGAGAGCGAACGCGAACCUACUCCUUGUGAAGUGUGUAAAUUCUUGUCUGCGGAACUAACAGAUGAGUUGGACAAGACUGGUUCCUCUAAGUCCGUCGUUGCAACAGGCAGCAGACUGAACGUGAAAGGAGAAUGGAGUGAAAAGAAAACAACAGAAUACAGGAAAUCAGAGGUGAGAUUGGUGGAAGCAAUUGAAAGAGUUUGUGAGAAGAUGCUCGGUUAUUCUGUCCAUACAGACAGGCCGGAGAGAUACGCCAAAGGUCGAAGUGAGACAAUGUCAACACUUCAUGCUUUGAGAGACAAAGGAGUCAAGGUGGACUUAGGAAUUCCAGAUGAAAUGUGGGAUAAAACACCAGCUGAGAUAUCAAAACUCAGACUGAAGUGUGACAACAUGGUUGAAGAAUAUGAGGAUGAGCUCUUCGAAUGGUAUUUCAAACAUCAAGACAAGGACUUGCAGACUUGGCUGUGCAAAGACAAAGUGUUGUCAUCAAACCAGCAAGAGUGUUUAGUGCCUAAAUCUAAGAAGAAAUCGAAAAAGGGAUCAACCGACUUCAAGGGGAAAGACAAACAGAAGAAAAAGGAGGUCAAGAAGAAUGAUAAAAAUGAGAGAAAACACAAAAGUGAGCUGUAGAGGAUCGG